AGUAGAAGUAGUCACCUCUCUCACUUCCACAUACAUUCAUGUGAGCAAACCAUCGCACUUUAUGCAUUUUUCCGACAGGAUAACACAAUGGCCUGGAUAUUUGCUGCCGCAGUAUUCAUUUCAGUGUUGAAUACUGCUCUAUGUUUCAAUAUCGACCCCGUGGCUUGGAAGACCUGGGCCAAUGGUGCUGCAGGGUUUGGCUACCAGGUGGUGCAAAGACAGUCAGACUUGCUCAUCAGCGCUCCCCUUGAACAGUAUUCACCAUCGGGAAGGGGGAAAAUAUACAAGUGCACUGAUACCUGCACAAGUCUGCCAUUUGCAGCGCCAGAAUUUGCAGUCAACAUGUCCCUUGGUUUGUCAAUGACGAAUGAUCCCAUCUCACAAAACACUACGGUGUGUGGCCCAACCAUCCCAAAGGAUUGCAAAAGUAUCACCAUGUACAGCGGCGCAUGCUUCCAGAUCGACCAGCAUAAUCGGUUUGGAUCCGCGGUGCCACUGUCCUCUCCGGAUUGCAGAGCCGAAGCAGAUAUUGCUUUUCUCUUGGAUGGUUCAGGCAGCGUCGACUAUCGAGAUUUUAAAACAAUGAAGAAAUUUGUGAAAACGCUGGUACGCCCAUUUGUGGGAAAAGAUACACAGUUUGCUGUUGUCCAGUUCUCUUAUGAUGUCAAUGUUGAAUUGAACUUUCGUGACUUUUUCUCAUCUGGACGUUGGGAGUCGAAAAUCGAUGGAAUAAGUCAAAAAGGCAGCACAACUAACACAGCUAGUGCCAUCCGAUAUGUGGUCCAAGAUGUUUUCACAUCAGCAGAAGGUUCCAGACCAAACGUGAAGAAAAUCCUGAUCGUCAUUACUGAUGGAGAAUCUACUGACAGCCAUAACCUGCAAGGUGCAAUACGUUUAGCUGAGAAUGCAAAGAUUGUUCGAUUUGCUAUUGGGGUGGGGAAUGCCUUUUCUUCCACAAGGGCGAAACAGGAAUUGGAACUCAUUGCAUCUUCGCUCUCGACAAACCACGUGUUUCAAGUAGAGAGCUUUGACGCACUUGCUGCAAUAACGAAGAAUUUGCAGGACAAAAUCUUCUCUAUUGAGGGAUCUCAGUCCACUGGAGAGACACUGAAAAUGGAAAUGGCUCAGGAUGGAUUCAGUGUGGCUUAUGUGUCAGGGGGAAUUCAAAUGGGCACUGUUGGCGCCAACCAGUGGAAAGGAGGCUACAUGGAAUACACACUAUCAGGCCAGAAACGGGGUUCAUAUGAGCCUUUGUUCACGGAACAAGACAGUUAUCUGGGUUACUCCAUGACUAUCGCAAGAACCAGACAAGGCCAAUUGACAAUUGUUGGCGCUCCGAGAUAUAAACACAGAGGACUUGUGAUGGCAGUUCACGGACAGAUCAAUCAAAAGAUUGAUCCCUUUCCAUGGCAGUUUCAGACUGGUGAAUAUUUUGGGGCAGAGGUUCGUGCCAUGGAUGUGAACGCUGACGAAUUCACUGACCUAAUCCUCAUAUCUGCCCCGAUGUACAAGGAAGCUGAUAGAGAGGGAAGAGUUUACGUUUGCGGUUUAGCUCGUUGGAGGGUCGAGUGUAACUUCGAAUCUCCGUUAAUGCUGAGAGGGGAUGAGUCCGACCAGGCAAGGUUUGGCUCUUCUCUUGCUGUGCUGCCUGAUCUCAACGCAGAUGACCUCAAGGAGGUGGCAGUCGGUGCACCUCUGGAGAAUGGUGGUCAAGGCAGCAUCUACAUAUUCCUCGGUGAAGGAGGAAGCAGAGUCAGUUCGACUUACUCACAGAGAAUUGCUGCCUCUGAAGUCCGGCCACAACUUAGAUUCUUCGGUAUGUCAAUCAGUGACUCGUCUUUUGACCGCAGUGGCGACAGUCUGCCUGACUUAGCAGUGGGGUCAAAGGGCAGAGUUGUCUUACUCAGGUCAAAGCCUGUGGUAAUGGUAGAGGCUACGAUGUCGUUCAACCCAAACCAGGUCCCUACAAAAAACCAAAUCUGCCAGAACCCACUGGAGAACACAGCUCAAAUCUGCUUUACCAUGACCAAACUUUCUACAGUUUCCACAGCUGGAGCAAAGAUCAAUUAUACUUUAACACUGGAUGCCACCCGCAAGGUCCCAAACAACAGAGCUUACAUCCUUGGCAAACAACGAGAGAAGACCGGGUCAAUUGAAGUUGACUUACAAGGGCCAAAAUGCUUCGACGUGAAAUUCUUUAUUCAGGCUUGUCCUCAGGAUGCUCUCAAUGUACUUAGGAAUGAGCUCAGAUUCACCUUUGACGGUAUUCCCUCAACUGCAAACCUUAAACCAAGUCUUGCCCAGCAGGCUCAAACCACCACAUAUCAUUCUUUGAAGUUCGAGAUCAACUGUGGCACUGACAACAAGUGUGUAGAUAACCUGAAAGUGGAUUUCAACUUCAACAGCUCCUCAGAGUUGAAGGUGGGCAUUGAUGAACUGUUGGACGUCACCGUAUCAGUGGAGAACCGAGAAGAAGACUCCUACAACAGCUUCGUGAAACUUACGUACCCAGCUGGGCUCUCCUACAGGAAGUUCACAGGUUUGCAGGGAAGAAUCGAGUGCAACUCCAUGGACAGUGAAGAUGGCUUAUCGCGAGGAAUGACAACCUGCACUAUUAACAACCCCAUUUUCAAGAGCAAAACUAAGGCUUUGUUCACCAUCUCCUAUGGGAUCGAAAGCAACAGACGAUUUGACAGGAAUAUUUUUAUCUCUGCAAAUGCUUCCAGUGAGAAUCAGGAACAUUCCACUUCAAGUGAACUCUACCAAAUGAAACGGUUGGACGUGAAGUACAGCAUUUUUGUCACGAUUGAAAGCUCCCUCAGUUACAACAACUUCACAUCUGGAAAGAACGAUUUGCUCAAACCUCACAAGCAGUCAAUUGUGGUCACAAACAACAUCAGGGCACUGAACUUCACGGUGGUGAUCAAGGUGCCUGUCAAGCUCGGCGAUAAAGACAUCUGGGUGGAUUCGAGCAGUUUGCAGAUUCCAGACUGCCAAAGAGACGCAGACGAAGAACCUACUGUCACAGACUUUGUUGCUAUGAUAAAGGAGAAUAAUGUAGUGAACUGCUCUGUGGCCAGGUGCGGAGUGUUCAGGUGCAGUAGGUUCAUGGGAAGACUGGAGAGUAAAAAGUACAAAAUCUCUGCCAACAUCAGUUCAGGAUGGAUAGAGCAGAUUGGACUCAAGUCUGCAAAAUUCCUCUUGACCAGCACGGCUACUCUGGAGUACGACACAAACCAGUACAUCUUCUUUUCUACAGGGUCUAAUAACAAGCCUCUGAUUCACAAGAUUGAAGCUGAGAUAGAAGUGUAUCCACAACCAGAUUUCACCAAAGAAAUCCUCGGGGGAUCACUGGGAGGGUUAGCUCUGCUGGCUUUACUCACUGCCGGUCUGUAUAAGGCUGGAUUUUUCAAGAGUAAAUACAAAGAAAUGAUGAAUGAGGCAGAAGCAGCAGCAGAACCAGGGGCUGAUGAAGCUUUAGCCAUACCAGAAUAAUAAACAUAAUUGGCACAUAUACCGCUGCCAAGCCCCAACAGUCCUCUUACAUGCAAUCAAGCCGCACCAAUUUGUUUAUUAUUCGUGCAUUCCUUUAUGUUUUUUAGGUGGAAGUGAGAUAAACACAAUGCACAACACUGCUGGCUUCUAAUUAUCAUGAAAACUGCUACAAUAAAAUAUGCUUAGGAGCAGCUUCUCUUGCUAAACUGAAUUGCUUUGUUUUUGGAAUGAACUAGAAAAAACAUUUGUUUCAUGCUUCAUUAAUAUUUAUUUCAAGACUCGAUAUGACUUUUAUAAUGUGAAUCAAAGAAGAUAGACAUGGUUUGAUGGAUGAGAACCUCAUUCAGAUGGAUUAACACAUUUGAAAGAAUUCGCAUUUUGCAGUACAAUUUGUCUACAGAUUUCUUACAGUAAAACACUUUCUGUUAGAUAUAUAAACAUUUGAUUGGAAGUA